GCAGGAAGGGGCAGCACACAGCGCAAGAGCUCGGGAUCAGGCUCUCACAGAGGUGAGUGAUUGCGAAUACCCGGAGAAGGUGUGAAACAUGCUGCUUGCUGACUUGCUUCUGCCAUCCUUCGCGCCACUUUAUCAGGUCUCGUUGCUGACAUUCUGGAGUCAUCUCCCAAGCAUCAAGAUGCUAAGCGUCCUAUUUACCUCGAUGCCCAGUCCACCACACCAGUCGACCCUCGAGUGCUAGAUGCCAUGAUGCCCUUCUACACCAACCAAUUCGGUAACCCUCAUUCCAAGACACAUGCCCUUGGCUGGGAGUCAGAAGAGGCAGUCGAGAAGGCUCGUGAGCACAUUGCGGAGCUCAUCGGAGCAGAUCCGAAAGAAAUCAUCUUCACAUCCGGCGCCACCGAGUCGAACAAUAUGGCUUUGAAGGGUGUGGCCCACUUCUAUGGUAGCAAGAAGAACCACGUCAUCACUACACAAACGGAGCACAAGUGUGUGCUGGACUCUUGCCGUAAGCUGCAGGACGAAGGGUUUGAAGUCACCUAUUUGCCCGUCAACGAGAACGGUCUCGUCAGCGUAAAGGAUGUGGAGGAUGCUCUUCGACCCGAGACGGCCGUGGUCUCGAUCAUGACGGUCAAUAAUGAGAUUGGAGUGAUCCAGCCCAUUGAGGAGAUUGGUCAGCUGCUCAAGACAAAAGGUGCAGAGCUGGCCAAAUCCAAGGGUCUGAGUGGGAAGCCAUUCUUCCACACCGAUGGAGCACAAGCGGCGGGUAAGAUUCCUCUGGAUGUCAACAAGCUCAAUAUUGAUCUGAUGAGUCUUUCGUCGCACAAGCUUUACGGACCAAAGGGUAUGGGAGCCAUCUAUGUUCGCAGGAGACCUCGUGUGAGGCUCGAACCUAUCAUCAAUGGAGGAGGUCAAGAGCGAGGUCUGAGGUCCGGCACGCUUGCACCAGCAUUGAUCGUUGGAUUCGGAGAGGCGGCAAGACUGGCAAAGAGGGAGCUCGCUUAUGAUCACGCCCACGUCUCUGCACUGGCGAAGCGUCUCAAGGACAAUAUUCUUGCCGAAGUGGAUGAAGUGCUGAUCAAUGGUGACCCUUCGGGAUACCCAGGGUGCACCAACCUCUCCUUCAAGUACGUCGAAGGCGAAUCCCUCCUAAUGGCACUCAAGGACGUAUGUCUCUCCUCUGGAUCCGCAUGCACAUCUGCCUCUCUGGAGCCUUCCUACGUGCUAAGGGCACUGGGUUUGGACGAUGAGAAUGCUCACUCGAGUUUGAGAUUCGGGAUCGGUCGAUUCACCACAGAGGAGGAGAUUGACUAUGUCAGUCAGAAGAUCAUUGCCGUGGUGAACAAGCUCAGGGAGAUGAGUCCUCUAUGGGAGCUCUUCCAGGACGGCGUGGACCUCAAGACCAUCGAGUGGUCCGGCUAGAGGAUCGACUCAUUUUGAGCUCCCCCCAAGCCAAGCCGAGCCGAGCCGAUCGAUGGCCUGUCCCCUGGGGCAACUUUCCCUACCUAGUAUCACAGCGGCGCGCUCUAUUUGCCCUGUCCCCUUUUUCUGUAUAGCUUACAAUGCUGCGAUGAGAUGCGACGGCGACGGCGAUGGCCUUGACGAGUAGUCUUUGUGCAAAUUGGGUAUCAAUCUUCUCUUGUCACUUGAAUCGACUCGUGUG